AUGGACAAGAAACAUUUUCGCUUCUAUAUUACAGUGUGCACUACAUUUCAUACUGAACCAAUAUAUAUUUAUAAUGAAUUAUACUCUGUCUUCGAUGAUCACGCUUCACUUCUUGGAACUGUUCAAAGAUGGUCAAAAUGGUUUCGUGAAGGUCGGGAAGAAGUUGAAGACGAAUUACGACCUGGCAGACCUGUAGCUAAAACAGCAUCUGAUAAUAUUGAAGAAGUUCGCAAACUUAUUGAUGAUAAUCUUUAUAUUACAAUUGGCGAAUUGCAAGUGCAAAGUGGUCUGACUGAUCGUAAUGUCCAAUGA